UUGAACCGCGGGCGUUGCCAUGGCUACACGCAGACCCAAUGAGAAGCUCGCGGUGGACUGUUGCUGAAUGAAAAUAACAGAGGCCAUUUUGCGCACGAAAGCCACACGGCAUCAUUCAAUAAUAAUAAUUACAAAAAAAAAAAAAACGGAAACGGGAGGCAGGUUCAGUCCAUCUCCGGUUAGGGGGGGGGAGAGAAGAGAAGCGACCGUUUAAGAGCCGGUAGAGAGCUGCUGUGGGACCGCCGUUGCGACUGACGCUUGUAGCAACCCUCCCCUACCCUCCUCCAAAAAAUAUAAAUAAUAAUAAUAAGGACAUGCGGUAACUAAUUGUACCGCUUCUUCUUCUUCCUGUGUCGUCAGAAUAGUGGACAAGGACCUGCUUCACCGCAUUGCUAUCCGAGAGGGAGUUGCCUUUUUAGUUUUUAGCUGACCGACACCGGCACACAUCGAAAAACAGGUGUACGGUUUCAUCACACCGCCGCCGCCGCACUAGCUUCCUCAAACCGCCGCUGUAGCUGCCCCUAGUGUCGGCGUGUGUACGUACUUCUCCGCCUGUCCGAGUACAGUGAAGACUAUCCCACAUGGAAGAGGCUGGCAACCGGGCGAUAUGUUGUGGAUUUAGUCGAGUGAAGUCGUUUUAAGGCAUCAAACGGGGUAAGAUCUGGGAAUAAAGCUUGACCGGGAGGAGACACUUAUCCUGAGCAGAGGCAAGAGGAAGAAAAAAAGCUGAUCAGAAUAAAGAAGAGAAAGACGGAAAAGACACUUGGGCUCACAUAACUCACCUAUACCUGACUCCUCUUAGCACGUCUCCAGUCUUUUGGUUUUAUGACGGAAAGUGUAUCCCCCUGUAGUGGAUCCGUAAGAAGUGCUCUUCAGUAUGAAUACAGAUAGCGGAGGAUUCGCUCGCAAAAGUGUGGCCUUGUCACUCAUACUCUCUCCCAUGAAGAGGGUCCAGAGCUCACCAAAUCUAGGCACAGGGAGUGAUUCUCACUCAUCAGACUUGGAUUCUUGGCGGUCACGCAGUGUUACAGAUGGCCUUAAGAACGGAGAUGCCGGCAGCUCAUCUCUUGCAGCCAAAGGCUUCCGCAGUGUCAGGCCCAACUUGCAGGACAAAAAGUCACCAACACAGGGGCCUCCCUCCCCCGACCCCGCUGCACGGCACUCCCCCUAUCGCUGCCACAGCUCAGAAUCACUCGACUACCUGUCAGGCCUAAUGCCCAAGGCUCUGUCACCUACCCCGUAUGUUCCUAGCGGAGCUGGCGGCACAGCCGGUGCAGUCAGCGGGCUGAGCUUUACUGCGAGCAUCGGUGGCUGCGUGUCACCCUCGGCUUCCCCCGUGACGGUGUCAGCCCUCAGCCACUACUCGUCGUCCACGGCGGGUCUGCUGGACGAGCUGCAGAUCUGUAGCCUGGAGUCACCCGGCGCCUCACCCACACCAUCGCCCACCCUCAGCCAUGUCUCUACCUACACAUCCACUGCUGGCCUUGAUGAUGUGCUAACAACCUCUGUGGCCUCCACUGCUGCAGCAGCCACUUUCACUAACGGUCAGGUCCUCUCUCACGCUAUGAAUGGCAGUACUAGCCACCCACAGAGGCCCCUCUCUCCCCCAUCGUACCCUCCUCCCCCCACUUCACUCCACACUGGACUCCAGAGACAGAGCAGGAGUUCAGAAGGCAGCGAGUCAGUUACCAGAGAGUCUGUGGUGUCAGGACACACCAGCAUUAGCAGCACUGUGCCCAUUGCUCGCUUCUCAGAGGAAGAGAAAAAGGUGUCGGUCAUUAAAGCCCCUCAUUACGAAGGCAUCGGCCCCGUGGACGAGUCUGGCAUCCCGAUCGCCAUCCGCACGACGGUGGAUAGGCCUAAGGAUUGGUACAAAACUAUGUUCAAACAGAUCCACAAGGUUCACAAAGCAGACGAUGACUAUUCUGACACAUAUAAUGCAACAUAUGCCGUCAUAAACAACGAUGACUACAGCCUGUCAUCCAACACCACCAUGGCCCACCCUGCUCCCCGGACACAUACAUACAGGCCACUCGCCAAAAGCCCCUCGGACAAUGGGGGGCAUCUGGGGCCUCGGGAGCCGUCGCCAUCUCCUGUACCCCCACCACCUCCACCCAUGCCAUCUCUCCUCCAGCUGAGGGCCAGAGACAGUGACCGCGAGAAAGACACGCCUGAUGCGAAUGAAUGGGGUCCCCCCAAUAGGAAAGUUGACACACGGAAGUACCGCGCAGAGCCCAAGAGUAUUUUUGAGUACGAGCCUGGGAAGUCGUCUAUUUUGGAGCAUGAAAGACCAACCUAUGAUGACAUAGAUUUAGAGAACGAGCCUUGGUAUAAGUUCUUUUCCGAGCUGGAGUUUGGGCGGCCGCCUCCUAAAAAACGGCUGGAUUAUAAUCCAGACAUCUCCGCUCGCCAGCGUAUUGAGACAUCCCUGCACAUCGCUCCUGCUGACAAGGCUCCGGAGAGACCUGCGAGUGCUGCAAGUGACUACAGGAAGAGGAGGAAGUCUGAGCCGUCAAGUUCCCAAGUGAAUGCUCAAUCUCAGAGCAGAGCUGUAACUUCACCCAAACCAGUGGAUGCCUACAGACCCAGCAGCAGCCUAAAGAAGCCUGUGAUUCGUUCCUCACCGUCCUCACCCUCUAGAGCCAAAGGUGGGGACACAUGUAACAUGUAUUCAAACAGUUUGACCUCCCCGGGUCCUUAUCAGGGCCCUCAUCUGCCCCCUGUCCCCUCUGACCCCGUCCAUGAAGAUGAUGCCAGCCAGGAAGGCAGCUCCUCCUCCAAGCAGUCUGUCUGUUGUAAGAAUAGUUGGCAGACAAAAGGCCAAGAUCCUGAGACAUGGAGCAGUGCAGAGGAGGUACCACCCUCCCCUGGCAAGCUUAGGUCACGCAGCUGUGAUGACUUACUCAAUGAUGGGCAUUCCGGCUCAGGUGGGCGCAAUGCCACCCGCUCAGAAAGUGCUGGGUCACUCGUUUGUGAUGGGAAUCCCUCAGGGAGUGGAUCUACUUCCACUCGCUCAUUGCCUCGUCUUCACCGGCGACGGGCGCAUGAUUCACCAGGCUUUCUCCAGCUCUAUCGUAAGAUGCACCAGAUUGACCGAGCUCAGCUCAUCCCAUCAGAAGUCAUCCGCUCGGUCCGUGCUCGCAUCCUGGAGCUGGAGCGCCAACCUCAUUUGCAUCGGCAUCGCCUGUCUCCUUGGACACCCUCUUGGGGCAUGGAGGUGCCACGCGAUAUGGUGCCAAAUCGUAUUUCUGAAUAUGAGCGCCUUAUUAAGAAGUCCAAAUCCAUGCCCAACUUGGGUGAUGACAUGCCUUCAGGCACUACAACGCCAGGCGGCUCAUCAUCUCGAGCCAGCAGUGGUGGCGGUGGCACACCUAGUUUUCCAAAACGCCGUUUUUCCAUAGAAUCUCUACUCGAGGAAGAUAACAAUGGCAACAAUGGAAAAGUACCUCACUCCAUGGAUCACUUGCAUCGACCUCGUAGCCCACCUGAGGGUCAGCCUCGUGUUGGGCCGGAGCCUGUACGUGCACGGUCGUAUCCUGCUCCUUCUGUUCCCCAAGUCCCUCAAGCCAACCCGGACUAUUCUGAUAGUGAACAAGACGCUGUAGCGUCAGACCUCAGUGACUUCAUCCAGGUGGAGGGCUCGUCAUUUUGCAGCGAGAGUGACUUUGACCAUUGCUCACUAACCUCCUCCGAGAGCUUGUACGGCUCUUCCACUAUCCAUCACCAUCACCACCUCCGUCAUCACCACCACCAUCAUCACCACCACCCGAGUCACCAAAGUCUAGGCCAAAGCCAGGGCUACCAACAUCGGCACCUCAUCAGCACCUGCAAAGGUCGUUGUCCGGCCUCUUAUACCCGUUUUACAACUAUGCUUCGCCAUGAGAGAGAACGAGCGCGCCAGGAGCACCAGAGACCUUCACAGCAGAGCCGCGGCAGCCAUUCCCAAAUCCAGAGCUCACAGUCCCAGCAAGCGAUGUCUAAGCUGGCCUUCCUGGUCAGCCCAGUGCCUUUCCGCAGGAAAAAGGGCUCACCACCUACCUCUAGAAGAACCAGUGGUGGCGGGGAUCGAGGUAGAAGACCCAAGUCCAAACAGGCCAUUUAUGAAGCACUAGAUGCAGCCUUGAGAGACAUAUAUGAGCACAUUCAAACAGAGAGGGGCCACAGAGGAACUAGGGCACCUGACGAUAGCAUCCUGAGAAGAAUACUGGCUGAACUUCUCCCUAAUGUGCCUGAACGAAGCUCCUCAUUGCGGGGGAGGAGGGGGUGUUGGCACGGGGGUCACUCCUCGACAUCUUUGUACCCAGAUGGGAGCCCCACUGGGUAUGCCUCAUACAGAGGGGAUCCCUCUACACCACGGUUACAGUCACCGCGGCUACAGUCACCAAUCAGUGCCUGUUAUGGACGCCACUCCGACACCUCAAACAAUAAUGAAUACGGAGAGGAGCAGGGCAAUGGAAAUGGUCUCUGUUAUUCAGACCAGGAUGUCUCAAGGUGUUAUUCCACCAUGGAUGGACGCCACACACCCCAGAGUAGAAGACCUACUCCCGACAGAGAGAAACAGCCUGCGAGAGCCAUUUAUGAUUUUAAGGCACAAUCAGCUAAGGAGCUGACAUUUAAGAAGGGUGAUGCAGUGAACAUCAUCCGGCAGAUAGACACCAACUGGUAUGAAGGAGAGCACCGUGGACGGGUUGGGAUAUUCCCCAUGUCUUACGUAGAGAAGAUGCCGUCCUCAGAAAAGCAGCAACCAAUUCGUCCUCCUCCGCCAGCACACGUCAAAGAGAUCGGAGAGGCAGUGGCUCGCUACAACUUCAAUGCUGAUACUAACGUGGAGCUGUCUCUCAGAAAGGGUGAGAGAGUGAUUGUGAUAAGGCAGGUGGACCAGAAUUGGUAUGAGGGGAAGAUCCCAGACACAACAAAACAGGGCAUCUUUCCUAUGUCAUACGUUGACAUUGUCAAGCGCUCACCAUCCAAGAGCUCCGCCCACCACAUAGACCCACAUGGUUACCCUGGCAACAGGACGCCAAGCUCUACGCCCAGCAAGCCUUUCUACCAUCUACCCCCAUCCUCCACUACUCGUGACCUCCCAUCCCCUCACCCCCCGUUGAAAAGGCUUGACCUGCAAGCUGUCACCAACGAGUGGCUGUCCCUCACAUUGGACCCAUCAUCAACCACUCCAGCUCGAUCCCUCACGACCACCCCUGUACCGCCCACACCACCCCCUCUCCCCACUGACCUUGCACCGUUCCUAAAGGCUCAGGGGCCUAAGGCACCCUCACCUAUGCCAUCACAAAGAGGCUUUGCACCGUCGCUCCAGACAUUUUCCAGAACUCCUCCUUUUAAAGAUGAGAGACUCAUCUUAGCUCACACCCCAGCUCCCCCAGCUUUCUCUCCUCCACCUCCGUCUCCUCCACCCCCUCCUCGUUCCUCGUUUAGCUCUCCACUACCCAUCUCUUCGCUGCAAUACAACAGUGGCAAGGGAAUAGCCCAAACAUUAAACAUUUCUAAGCCAGAGGUUUUGUUCUGCACGGUGCCAGAGCCAAUAAAAUCGUCCACACAAGUUCCUAUGCAGCACAAGUUAAAUGUGCAAGCGAACAAAAGCGGCAAAAUCCCUGAUGUUGAGCUGCAAGUAAAAGAUCCUUAUGAUGAGCUGUUGUCCAUGAUUCUGGAUGGUUCUACCAGUACUGACGAUGCUGACUUUUUAAGGUUGUCUCCAGUAGUUUCCCCACCAGCUACACAAACCAACGAAUCACUUAGCUGGUUAAAAAUAGAAGAAUCACAUCCUCCAACAGUGAAACCAACAACAGUCACUCCAGUCAGAAACUCGGCAGACAGGUUUAAGCUAAAAUCAGAAGAACCCCAUCAUCCAGCAGUGAAACCCACAGCAGUCACUCCACUCAGUGAAUCUACAAGUAGGUUUAAGCUAAAAUCAGAAGAACCCCAUCAUCCAACAGUGAAAACCCCAGAAGUCACUCCAGCCAGCGACUCGUCAGGUAGCGUUCGCUUAGAGGUGCAGUUUCACAAGCCUGUGAUGAUGGAGCCACUUUCCAUCAGUUGGGGAGAACAGUCAAAAACUCUGAGUGAGCAACCUGUCGAGUCUCAGAAACCAUUGGUGAAAGGAAGUGGAUAUACUGAGUUGUUCAUUGAAGAAGAAGAAGAAGACGAAGAAGAAGACGAAGAAGAAGACGAAGAAGAAGAAACUAGUGAGGACAAACAGGAGGACAUUAGAUGUUUUAUUGAGAGACUCAGUCCACAGGCUGAUGUCUCCCCUUCCACUGUGACACAGCUUCCUCACCCCAGCCUCCCCUCACCCUCCAUACCAUCACCUCUGACCUCCUUACCUCCUCCUGCUCCUGCUCCGCCUGCUCCUCCUUCUUCUUCUACCUCUUCUUUCACUCCACCUUUCUCACGGUCACAACAGCAGGAUCACAACACGAUCCCUUCCUCUCCUCCUGCCUCUCCUCGACCCCCAUCCCUUCCCCGCCUCAUGACGUCACCACUACCUCCAGUCUCUCCCUCUCCACCUGUCUCACCGCCUCCCCUCCACCCCUCCCAGGCCUCUCACACGUCUCCAAACGUUCCCUCACAGCGCUCUGUCUCAACCUCUCUCUGUCUUUCUCAUCCAAUGACAUCCUGCCCUGACUCAGAGUCACCCCUACCCCUUCCCCCUAGACCUGUCUCUCCUCCCCUCUCUACUCCACGCUCUCCCCCCACUGUACCCCACCCAGGACGUAGAUCUCCCAAGGUGAAGGAUCCAGUUGUCGGUGGUAAACCUCCUCGUAGCCCCAUCUUGUCCCGGAGAUCCUAUCUGUCCCCCAUUAGAGGUCGAAGGCGAUUAGUCCAGGAUGCACUCCAAGGUGGAGGAGACCCGUACCAGGCCGUCUACAACUACCUGCCUCGCAACGAGGACGAGCUGGAGCUGAAGGAAGGCGACAUUGUGGACGUGAUGGAGAAGUGUGAUGAUGGGUGGUUUGUUGGGACCUCUCGGAGGAGCAAGUUGUUUGGAACCUUCCCAGGAAACUACGUGAAGCAGCUAUAAUGAUGAUUCCAGACUUCCCCACACGCCCCUCCACCAACCCCACCACUCUGGGCCCGCCCCUUUCUGUGACACAUUCAUCGCCCUCAGCACAGCACCCGCAGGACACCACCUCCCGACACCGUGUUUGCGUGUAUGUGUGGCUCGUGCAGCUUCACACAGACAGAACAUUUAGCUCUAACUAGCCAUCUUUAAUGGAAGACUUCUAUAAAAUAAUGUUGUUUUUUUAAUCUUAUCUUUUUAUCCUUAUUUUUCUAUCAUGGAGAACCCAAACUUUGUGCUCCAGUCAGUGACCUUUAACUUUUGACAGUGAUGGAAGGAAAUCGAAAGAACUUUGCAAACACACAAUGAUAGAAAACAGAGCACCGCAGCGACGCUUUUCUUUCUGUUAAAGGGCAGUAAAAUCACCACAAUCACUUUUUUUUUUUCACAUUUAAAAACAUUUGCUACAUUUCAUUUCAGUGUUCAAUUACAAAUAUCCCCAAAGAUAUUCAGUGCAGAGAGUGUUGUGAAAACAGUAUUCUGUCAGCGGGUCUGUUGUAUACGAACUGUGUUGAAGGGAUUGCAGCCAUGCAGCUGAUAUUUCAGGUAGAAGGAUUUCCCUCCAGUUACAUGUGGAAAAGACUGUGCGUGUAUCAAUGUUAUGUGUAAUGUAUAUACCCAUGGUAUUGAUUGGUUGAUUUUAUUUGAAGAAUUUGGGGAUAUAUUUGUCCUGAAACACAUUAUUAAGCAAUUAUUUUAAAUAUUGCAAAUGAGUGGCAAAAAAAUAUCAUUAACACUGUUACUUGCUGUCUAAUUUUUAUGUUAGAUUUAAAGUAUAAGAUUAGAAAAACAAAAAUAUUUUCAAAUUGUUCACAUUAGGAUUGAUGCACUUUAACGAAACUUUGUCACAAUUUCGUGUUUGUUUUAUCUCAAAUUUCACUUCAGAUUUUUCACACUAGAGGCUAAUGUGACUGUGGGGCUUUCGGGGCAUACCGGUCAUGUUUUGAAAAGUGUAUGCAAAAAGGUUUCCAACCUUUUUAGGUAUUAUAUUUAUUAGAGGACAAGUGCUGUUCAAACUGUGUAAUGAGAUAAUUUUAGAAGGGAUGGAACAACACGUUGCUUUUUUUUUUUUAAACAUCUUUCUCAACAGCGGAGAAGCCACAUUUGAAGGAUUGUUAUUUUAUUGUCAAGUGACAAGUAACACAAUAGUUCAUGGGCUGUAAUAAUGCCAGGUGUCAUGAUGUUUUAUGUUGAAUUAUUUAAGUCAGAUGCAGGAUGAGAUGGCAUUUCAUCAAAAACUUCAGUCAUGUAACUGCAGUUUUUUUCCACUAGACUUCUUUUAACCUUGUUGUCAGUGAGUGGGGUCACUGUUUCAUGUAGUUAUAUACCAUUAGGAAGUAUUGGCAAGUCCCAUCUUAUCUUGUCAUGCUCAGUGAAUGUGAUUUAUGUUUUGUUUUUUUCUCAUUUUACGUGUUUCACAUAGGUAUGGACACUGAUGACAACAAACAAUUGUUAAAGCACCUUAAGAUAUAUUUUGUUUUAUCAUCCACGCAUCAUAUGUCACCCCGUCAUCCACUAUUUCAGCUGGUGUGUGAACACUUUGUGUGUAUGUGUGUGUCUGUGGUGUUUUUGUAAGCCUUUUGUAUGAGAGCUGUAAAAUGGCCAACAUCCACUUGCUUUAUAAAGUCAGCUUUUUCUCACCCACCAUCA